GAAAAAAAAAAAAGCGGUACGCUUUAAAAGGAAUACACUCCUUGAAAACAAACGAGAUUAACUUUAGAUCUCUCUGUGCUCCCGGCUUCAGAUAACAUCACAACUCAACAUGAAGUUUCGAGGGAAAAUCGUAGACAUCGCCUGCCUCAACCACUUAACCCGAGUCGUGACGACCGUCUCCAAGCUGACGAAGACGUGCGUCCUGCGUCUGACUCCAGACAACCUCUUCUUUGUUCUGUCUGAAAAAGUGGCCAACGGAGGCGUCAGCAUGUGGUGUGAGCUGUCCCAGGCCAACUUCUUUGACGAGUACCAGAUGGAGGGCGUGUGCUCUGAGGACAAUGAGAUCUGUCUGGAGAUGAGUCCAGAGAACCUGUCCAGAGCCCUGAAGACGGUCCAGAACGCCAAGUCCGUCAAAGUGAAACUGAGCAAGAAGCACUGCCCGUGCCUCAGCAUCGUCGGGGAGCUGCCCACUCUGUCCAGCAUCAGCCGAGUCGUCACGCACCACGUCCCGGUCAACGUCGUCCCCCGGAGACUGUGGCACGAGUUCAAAGAGCCCAGCGUGCCCGACUUUGAUGUCAGUAUCUACCUGCCUCCUCUGAAGACCAUGAAGAACGUGGUGGACAGAAUGAAGAACCUCUCCAACUUCCUGGUGAUUGAGGCCAGCCUGAGUGGAGAGAUGAACCUGAAGAUGGAGACUGAUCUGGUUUCUGUCACAACUCACUUCAAAGAUCUGGGGAAUCCUGCGUGGGGUGACGACGCCUCUCAGGGUGCAGGUCCGUCUCCCAGCAGGGACCCCGAGGCCAUGGCCCAGGCCAGAGUGGACAUCAGGAAGCUGCAGCAGUUCCUCAUGGGACAGCAGGUCAACCCCAGCAAGGCCAUGUGCAAUAUCGUCCAUGAGACGCUGAUCCACCUCAUUCUGCUGCAUGAAGACGUGUCGCUGCAGUAUUUCAUCCCCGCUGUGGCGUAGACGCUCUGCAGACCGCAGUGAACGCCAGUUUGGGGGGAAAGAAAGCUGUAAGGGUUCCUUUAACCCCGUGAAAAACCACCAGACAAAGUUUUGUCCGUGUGACAUUUUGAAUGAGACUGCUGCUGGUUGCAGAGCUCCCAGUGGACUUUGGGAGAAGACAGCACAUGCUGCUGAAUCAGCACUUCACCAGGAGGAUGUGCAGAACCAGCCGCACAUUAAUUUCUUUCACAAGUUCUGAUCGUUGUGUGUUUUCAGCAUUAAAAGUGUUUCAGCGUUUCGUAUGGAUUUCUUCGCUCUGCCAAGGAGGUUCUGUUCUCUCUGCACUUUCUUCCUCUUUCUGUCUGCAGGAUGAAGAAAAAGCUAGCGGCGGGAUUUUCAUGAAACUUGGAGAAGUGUUGAAGCUGGAGCAGAGGAAGGAGCUGCUCCAUGUUGGAACAGAUCCAACCACCAGACACUACCCACCAGAUUUAUUUUUUAAUGUUCCAGGGGGCAGUAAUUACUUUGCUGCGAGAAUUUUAGUCAGUCAUCAGUUUCUUGCUGGUCUGACAUCAGCUGUUAAGUUUGGCUGUAUUUUACGCACCAUCACCCAACCAUCUGCAGCUCCUCAAGAGGAUAGCCCAAAUUCGGGCUUUCAACUCUCCAACAUCUUGAUGUCUUAAUGUGGUAUUUUGAUCAAUUCUCAAGUAAAGAAAAAUGUCUAAAUUAAGCACCCAAUGUGUGCAACAAAUAGUAUUAACUCCAAUAUUUUUGCAGCAACUUAUGAGACAUAAUUGAGCACAGGGAUGGCCUGAGAGCAUGGGUCUCAAACUCCUUUAUGGCCCCCACCUUGAUAUGAAAGUUUAAUGUGAGUUUUAUAUGGAUGCAAGCUGGUGCUUUGUUUCACUUGUUUCUAUGACGAUGUUAACAAAAAGAAAGGCAGCUGCUACCGAACCGUUAAUUAUCUGCUGUGUUGUUACCGGAAGAAGUGAAAAAUGUUAUGUAAUGUAAUUUUGUGUCUUUUUUUUAAGUAAAUUAGUGUUUUUUCAGUCA